GCCCGGCGCGUAGCGAUGACGUCACACGCCGGCCGCCAUGACACCGGAGGCAAACUAGAACGCAUUGCCCUGGCCCAUGGACAGCAGGAGAGGACGGGGUUGAGGGGCGGAAUGGCCUCCUCGGUGGUCCGCGCCACGGUCCGGGCCGUGAGCAAGAGGAAGAUACAGGCCACCCGGGCCGCCCUUACUCUGACUCCGUCAGCUGUACAUAAGAUCAAACAGCUUCUUAAAGAUAAACCUGAGCAUGUAGGUGUGAAAGUUGGAGUCCGUACAAGGGGGUGUAAUGGACUUUCGUACACGUUAGAAUAUACAAAAACAAAAGGCAACUCCGAUGAAGAAGUAGUUCAAGAUGGUGAGUGUUUAUUUGUUCUUAUCUAUUUGAAGCAGUAAAAAGGAGGAGAGGGC